AUAUAAUGAAUCUUAAAAAUUGCAGUACAUCGAUUUGGCAACGCGCGACGACCAGCAAUCGGAGAGACUCAGAGCGGGAAGAGCAGAGAGUGAGUGUUCCAAGAGGAAAUUAUGGAGAGACGCCGGGCUUGUGUUGUGGUUCUCGGUGAUCUUGGUCGAAGUCCUCGUAUGCAGUACCAAGCUCUUUCUCUUGCCCGCCAGGCAAAUCUGGAGGUGGACAUUGUUGCUUAUGGAGGCUCUCAGCCCCACUCGGCACUUCUAGAGCACAAAUCUAUCCAUGUUCAUACCAUGACACAGUGGCCAAAAUUCCUUCAAAAUUUGCCAUGGAUAUUCCGGCCUGUAACACUACUGCUCAAGCCGCUCAUUCAGUUUCUUAUGCUUCUUUGGUUCCUUAUUGUUAUAAUUCAUUCACCUGCCUUCUUCAUUGUGCAGAAUCCUCCUUCUGUUCCGACGUUAAUUGCUGUAAAAUGGGCUAGCAUACUAAAGCGAUCUGCAUUUAUCAUUGAUUGGCAUAAUUUUGGUCAUACUUUGCUUGCCCUGUCCCUGGGAAGAAAUAGCAGUUUUGUUACUGUUUACCGCUGGAUUGAAAAGCAUUUUGGGAAGAUGGCAGAUGGCUCCUUUUGCGUCACGAAAGCAAUGCAACAUGAAUUGGCUGAAAACUGGGAUAUUAAAGCCACAGUUUUCUAUGAUCAACCUCCUGAGUUUUUCCACGUUGCUUCACUCCAGGAAAAACAUGAUUUGUUUUGUAGGCUACAUAGUAAUCUACUUCAACCUCUUGGUCUUCAAGAUUGUGUUAGCUAUGGUGCAGUAACGGUAGGCCAUGAGCAGCAGGAGACAUUGUUAACGAGUUUGGUUGGCAACGGUAUUCUCUUGAAGCAAAACAGACCUGCAGUUGUUGUGAGCAGCACAAGCUGGACUCCAGAUGAAGAUUUUAGUAUCCUUUUAGAAGCUGCAGUCAUGUAUGACAGGCGUGUUGCUGCCAUCCUAAAUGAGGAUGAUUCAGUUUCUGAUGAAUUUAUCUGGAAAGAUAUCUAUGAUGGAAAGCAAUACUUAUAUCCUAGGUUAUUAUUCAUCAUUACUGGUAAAGGGCCUGACAAAGAAAAGUAUGAAGAUAAGAUCAGUAAAUUGCACCUUAAGCGUGUGGCAUUUCGUACAAUGUGGCUGUCUCCAGAGGAUUACCCAUUACUUCUCGGUAGUUCUGUCCUUGGUUUCUGUAAGCUCCUGAAAAAAAAAAAAAAAACAAGUUGUCAUCUUGAUUAACAGGUUGUCGAUAUGUUUGGGUGUGGACUUCCUGUUUGCGCUGUUUCCUACUCUUGCAUCAACGAACUUGUGAAAGCAGAGAAAAAUGGUCUACUCUUUUCAUCAUCAUCAGAGUUAGCAGAUGAACUAUUGAUGCUUUUCAGGGGAUUCCCCAAUGAAUGCAGUGCUUUGGAUUCGCUAAAGAACAGCACAGUAGAAAUGGGUUCUCGUAGGUGGUCUACCGAGUGGGAAGAGCAUGCCAAACCCUUAAUAUCUCAGGUUAUCACUCAAUGCUAGAGCUAAGUUGUUGGUACCUUCCUACGCAUGAAGGUUUCUUCUUCAUGGGCUGUUUACUUGUUCAAAGGUUUGAUGAUACCAUAGUUUUACUGUAAAUUGAUGAUACCAUAGUUUUACUGUUAUUCAAUGCUAGAGUAUUGUAUUUUUGGUUAUUUUAUUUCAUUAACACAAAAGGAUAUUUAUUUAUGUUGUACGCUGACCACACCACGUCAAAAUUUUCAUCUUUAUUCUCAUUGAAGACGAGAACUAAUUUCAAUGUUA